GUUUGCACAUUUGGUUUGUGUCUCGAGGUGAAGGGUCGACAAUGCGGAAUGUCACCGAUGAGAAACAACCUGCAGAAGGUUAAUUAUGAAACCCCGAAAUGUGGACACUAAGAAUAGUUAAUGCGCAUAAACUGGGGCUUGCGCUACUUCAAAAGGACACGCGGUUAACUGCGGAGACUUUUUGCGCCGCUUGCUGGAUGCCAGCUGAAGCAUAAUGCAUUCGGAGCAGCCCAGAACGAGCUUCGCCCCGCAGAGACGGCAGGCGGAUUCUGCACCCUGGGGUGUGCUGAGCACCGGCCUAUUCCAAAGCGUUGGGCCUCCUUCCUUCUGCCCCCUGCUCCCCAGGGUCCACGCAGCUGAUGUGGCUCCUGCACAGAUGCCUUCUUCCUCCUCCUCCUCCUCCACCACCAGUCUUGCUCCAGCACCCAUCCAGCCCAGCAUGUCGCGCAACAUCGGCAAGCCAGAAUUCCCAGAUACAGGUUGGGACCGUAUCAAGGACGUCUUUCAAAAAGACAUGACACAGCGGUACCCAGAGGAGCUGACCAACGUGAUCAAAGGCAGUAUAGCUGCCGCUAUGGCCGGCCUGAUCUACGGAGGCCUGCCGGCGGCUCGCGAUGCCAAGCAGAGGUACAUCCAAGUCAGCCAGGCGGAGAUCUAUACUAGCCGAGUGGAUGCAAUGCGCUCAGCACAUAAUGCAGCAAUCCGGGGUUUUGUGAAAUACGGAUGGAGAUGGAGCUGGAGAGUGGCUGCUUUUGUCACCUUAUUCAAUUCUGUCAGCACAGGGCUGUCUGUGUACAGAGACCAGUACACCUUCAGCCAUUAUGCUGCAGCUGGAGCAGUGACCGGAGGCCUUUUCAGACUGAACCUGGGUCUGCGAGGCCUGGUGGCAGGAACCAUCAUCGGAGCAGUGCUGGGGAUUCCCACCGGUGCGUUGAUCAUCAGCAUGCAGUCGAUUGCAGGAGGAACUGCCCGAGAGAGGAGGAGGAGAGAGCGCAGGGAACUUUUUGAGCUCAGACUCGCAGAAUGGACGGCCCGUCUGCAGUCGACAGAUGAGUUGAUUGAAGAUCUGAACGUCAGCUCUCAGGCAGAGGAAACCCACAAGGACAUGCGACGGAUCCAGGAACUGCUCAGUUUACCACCGAACGAGGACGAGACUCAGGACCCACGCAGCCAAUGACGAUGGCUGCCUGUUAUCUGUUGGACAUUGAUGGUGGGACUUUACACAACUGGCAGGAUGAAUGGGUCACUUCCUUGCCUGGACGCACACACCCUUCUCUCUAACUGAAUGGAAACUGCUUCACAUCAGAAUUAAAAAAACAAUGUUUUUCCUUCACCAA